AUGGCUCAAAUUACUAUGUUUGUUUGUACUCUUAUCAUAUUAUUUCCUCUAUUUUUUGUCGUAACCAAUGGUGCUUUUCAUCAUGGUGUAUUUCGCAUUCCUUGUGUUGAAAACAGUGAUUGUCCAGAGAAGACUUUACCUUUAGUUAUGAAGUGUAUUGAUCGUCAUUGUCAAUAUAGAAUGAUAGCCGAGGAUUGA